CUGUGGCUGACAUUUGCUCCUGUGGCUGAUAAGACAGCUGCCUACUUCCACAUUUCCCCGGAGUUGGUCAACUGGCUCUCAACAGUGUACCUCCUCAUCUCGAUCCCGUUUGGUCUGGUGGCAACAUGGGUACUUGACACCGUGGGGCUCAGAUGUGCUGUGAUCCUGAGUGCAUGGCUGAACAUGACGGGUAGCAUCAUACGGAUGUUCAGUGUCCUAAAGUUCCUGGGCUUGGGUUCCCAGACUUACUGGUACCUGUUUAUUGGGCAAUGCCUCUGUGCACUGGCACAGCCCCUUAUCAUCUUUUCACCGACAAAACUGGCAGCACUAUGGUUCCCAGACCACCAGAGAGCAACAGCAAAUAUGAUCGCAUCAAUGUCCAAUCCCUUGGGUAUUCUUUUAGCAAAUGUGCUGUCACCUGCGCUGGUUCCUGAAGGAAAACACAUCCCAUUGAUGCUGGGUGUUUAUGCCGUCCCAGCAGUAACAGCCUGUGCUCUAGCAACUGUGGGGAUUCACCAGAAGGUUCCUCCAACACCUCCUUCAGCCAGCGCCACUAACUCCACCUCCCAGCCGUUCCUCAUGGGGCUCAAAAUGCUCCUGCGAAACAAGCCAUACAUCAUCCUGGCAGUGUGCUUCGGAGGAGGAAUUGGGAUGUUCACCUGCUUUUCAGCUCUGCUAGAACAGAUCCUUUGUGAAAAGGGGUACUCAAAUGAAUUUGCUGGCCUGAACGGUGCACUGUUCACAGUGUGUGGUUUGUUGGGUGCUUUCCUGCUAGGCCUGUAUGUCGACCGGACAAGGAAGUUCAUAGAGUCCACCAAGAUUUGUUUCUGUCUCAGUGCACUUGCCAGCAUCGUGUUUGCAGUGGCCUCUCGGUUCAGACAUCAGGCCCUCACACUGGCUAUCAGCAGCUCGCUCUUUGGUUUCUUUGGUUUUGCCAUCUACCCCAUUGCCAUGGAGCUGGCUGUGGAGUGCUCCUACCCUGUGGGAGAGGGCACAUCUACAGGCUUGAUUUUUGUUGCAAGCCAGAUUGAAGGUGUGAUUUUAAUGAUUCUGCUACAAGCCCUCACCAUGCAUGUUUCUGAGGAUCCAUCCUUCACCUGUGCCUUUGACCAGCAUGGAGCCCUGGACUGGACAACUCCAGUACUGGUGCUGGCUGGCCUCUGCAGUGCUAUGGCUUGUUUCUACGUCAUCUUCUUCCACACUGACUACAAGCGGCUCCAUGCUGAGACAAACAGUAGUGAUUUGGUCAAAGCUGAAGAUACAGCAACAGCAGAUGUUCCUGAAGCCUAA